GCACAGCCAGGGGGCGGAGCGGGGCGGUGACCGGGUCUCCCUACGGGCGGCGGCGGCGAGAGGGGUCCGGGAGGCUCCGGCAGCCGGGAAAGGAUUCUGGUGGACAGUGCCUCACCCAAGCCAUGGCCACACGCCUCAGAUCGGCUGGCAGGAGCUGCACUGUGAUCGGGGGCUCGGGGUUCCUGGGGCAGCACAUGGUGGAGCAGCUGCUGGCCAAGGGCUACAGCGUCAACGUCUUCGACAUCCAGCAGAGCUUUGAGAGUGAGCAGGUGACCUUCUUCCUGGGAGACCUGUGUGACAAGGAGGCUCUGCUGCCAGCCCUGCAAGGAGUGUCAGUGGUGUUCCACUGUGCCUCACCGGCCCCUUCCAGUGACAACAGGGAGCUGUUCUACAAGGUGAAUUUUAUGGGAACCAAGACAGUCAUUGAAUCCUGCAAAGAAGCUGGAGUGCAGAAGUUGGUGUUAACCAGCAGUGCCAGUGUAGUUUUUGAGGGCACAGACAUAAAAAAUGGCUCAGAAGAUCUCCCCUAUGCACAAAAACCUAUUGAUUACUACACAGAGACCAAGAUCCUGCAGGAAAAGGAGGUGCUCAGUGCAAAUGACCCAGACAACAAUUUCCUCACCACUGCAAUCCGUCCCCAUGGAAUAUUUGGUCCCAGAGACCCUCAGCUGGUUCCCAUCCUCAUCCAGGCAGCUCGGAGUGGCAAAAUGAAGUUCAUCAUUGGGGAUGGAAAGAACUUGGUGGAUUUCACCUACGUAGAGAACGUGGUGCAUGGGCACAUCCUGGCUGCAGAAAAGCUGCACAAAGGCUCUCCCCUGUGUGGGAAGGCCUUUCACAUCACCAACGAUGAACCAAUUCCCUUCUGGGCGUUCAUGUCCCGCAUCCUGACGGGCCUGGACUACGACCCUCCCAAGUACCACAUUCCUUACUGGCUGGCCUAUUACCUGGCCCUGCUGCUGGCCCUGCUGCUGGCCCUGCUCAGGCCCCUGGUGACUAUCAAGGCCACCUUCACACCCAUGAGGGUGGCCCUGGCUGGCACCUUCCACUACUACAGCUGUGAGAGGGCCAAGAGGGCCAUGGGCUACAGCCCCGUGGUCAGCCUGGACGAGGCCAUUGCCAGGACUGUGCAGAGCUACCCCGGCCUGCGCCGGGCCAGGGCCUGACACCCUGCCUGGAGCCUCUGCUGCCUGAGUGCCAUCAUUUCUGACAGCUUAACACGCAGCACAUGGCACCAGUUCCCAGGAAAGAGGAGUUUUCCUGAAGUCUCUGCUCCUCCUCCUCCUCGCCAUUCCAUGUGAGAGCUGUGCUGACAGUUUGUUUCUUGGAUGUGACUUCUUGUUUGGAAACAGCUGCUGAACUCUUUGGGCUGUGAAUAAACACCCUGCUGUGCCCUCUUCAGUCCAGAGCAGGCACACCAGCAUUCCUGCUCCCCUCCCUCCACCCUUGUCCCGUGUUUUGUUGCUCUGGUGACAGCAGCCACUCUUCCUAGAGCUGCAGGCUGGGUCACAAACACUUCUGGGGCUGGCUCCCCUCUGCACUUUGGCUUUGCUCUCCACAAGAGAGCCCCGUGCCAGAAAGGACUUCUGCCACUAUCUCUGAAGUCAUUACAGCUCUUCUGGUUUUCCCUCCAUGAUCAGGGGGUGGUUUGGCUUCUCCCUGAGGCAGCAGAAGGAGCCCACAAGGAGUGUGUUGCUUUGUCCAUGCAGGAUUUAUCUGUUCCAAAUGAGCCCAAGGAAAUCACACAGAGCUGACUUUGCAGCUUUGUGUCCCAUCUCUGAGGGGGCAGAUCCCCCUCUCAGCACAGACAGGAUGUUAAUGAUUCCAUGUCGGGGCAGAGAUCUUUGGGAGCUGCCAGGUAUGGGGUUCUGCUGUUUGUCUCUGCUCCCACACACGCUUAGGAUGGUUCUUGCACGCUGGGCCUCAAAAGAUGAGUCUGAACUCUAGGUUUUUUCGGUCUUCAGAAUUGUUUAUUGUUUCUUACCUACAAAGUCCCUUCUCUGCUCGACUUGGAUCUGACCAGCACGGCAGCCAAAGGCACUCUGCCCACCCCCAAGGCGGUCACGUCUUUUAUAACAAAAACUACGUAUAUCAUAUUUACUUUUUAUCCCCAAUACCUAUCACCCUUGUCACCAGGUGCACCCUCACCCCAGACCAAUCCCCAAGUGCCAACACCACAGCAGAAGAUGGACGACAAGAAGAAGAAAGAAGAGUCUUGUGACAUGCCCUGAUUCCUCCAUCUUGUCUCCACAACCCCCCUGCACUAAAACCCCAAAAUCUGUGAUUUACCCUAUAAUUAUGUUUUCCCUUCACCAUUCACACCUGAGUGAUUCCCACAGGUUCCAUCUCCUCAUACAUCGGUGGCACAUCCCUAGAUGGAUCAAAAUCAAGCCACCAAGUGCUUUUGGCAACAUUCCAAGGCCCCCGAGCCCCCCAAGGGUUCUCUCGGUAGCUCUGGACAUCAGGAGUGAUGUGCUGAGUUCCCACAGCCUGGCAGCAGCCCCAGCACUGAUCUGCAGAUCUGCAGUGCUGGGAAGAUCCUGCAGCACCAAGCUGCUCCUCCCUGCCCUGUCCGGGCUGCUCACAGGGAUUUUUGGUGCUCUGACCACUUAGUCCAUGAAAAAACCUCUUUUCCACAAGGAAAUGGAUACAAAGCAACAGUCCCCAAGCUGUUUCCUCUGACUUGUAUGUUAAAUGUUCUUUGCCCUUUAAUCUCUCUAAGCACUUCAGUUCUGGUUUGGUUUUAAAUGAGGGGUUUAGGUUCGAGCUGGAGUUUUGCCCUGUGCAAAUUCCUGGAUCCCUGGGAGUUCUGGUGUUUCAAAUUUCAGAAGGAUGGGAAGCACCUCAGUCACAGAAUUAUGGAAUCCCAGGAUUGUCUGGGUUGGGAGGUGCCUUGAAGCUCAUCCCGUUCCACCCCCAGGGACACCUUCCACUGUCCCAGGCUGCUCCAAACCCCAUCCAACCUGGCCUGGACACUUCCAGGGAUCCAGGGGCAGCCACAACCUCCUUAACCUCAAUGUGCUGCUAUAGUCUGAUUAAAUGUCUGAUUAAAUGGGUUUUAUUUGAA